UGUUGAAAGGUGUUGUCAGACGCAUGAGAAAGUUCACUGCAAAGGACUCUCUAACGCAACUGGGCCCAGGAUAGAUCCCUUAAAUCAGCUUGUGGGAAGAAGGGAGGUUCAUUCCGCCUGAUUUAGGUGUGUGAGUGAUCUCUACAGGGAACUUUUUCGUGCUCCAGAGCCCAGCGCCUAGCAGGGUUGACCAGUCUUGCUCCCCACCCACACCGCUUUUGACAGGUGAAUGACAGCAAAUGAUUGACAGAUGGGUGGGCUCACCCACAAGUCAGAAGUUGGCUCAGGUGGUGGGGUGAGGUGGGGAGAUAUCUGGUCCCCCAGGCAGAAAAAGGGUUCUCUACCUACUGGGGUAAUAAGGGACUCAGGUGGCGCUGUGGGUUAAACCACAGAGCCUAGGGCUUGCUGAUCAGAAGGUCGGCGGUUCGUAUCCCUGCAACGGGGUGAGCUCCCGUUGCUCGGUCCCAGCUCCUGCCCACCUAGCAGUUCGAAAGCACGUCAAAGUGCAAGUAGAUAAAUAGGGACCGCUCCUGCGGGAAGGUAAAUGGCGUUUCCGUGCGCUGCUCUGGUUCGCCAGAAGCAGCUUUGUCAUGCUGGCCACAUGACCUGGAAGCUGUCUACGGACGAACGCUGGCUCCCUCGGCCUAUAGAGCGAGAUGAGCACCGCAACCCCAGAGUCGGACACGACUGAACCUGAUGGUCGGGGCCCCUUUACCUUUACCUACUGGGGUAAGUUAUCGGUUUUUCUUUACCGAUUUACUAGAUACUGGCAUAUUGAGACAGCAUAUGGCAGCCAUUCUGUAAUUGGCCAUGCCCAGGAGAGCAGCCAUUUUAGAGUGGCACCCAUGUCACUUUCUCUACGUCCCAAAGAUUGCAAAGAAGAAGAAUGGAGAGCCUGGCGUAUCAUCAGGCUCAUCCUGGAUAGCUCAGUUGGUGCUGAUAACUCCAAGGUUGCAGUUUGAGCCGUGAAUGGGGCAACUGCAUAUUUCUGCAUUGCAGGACUAGAUGAUCCUCAGGGUCCCUUCCUACCCUACAAUCCUAUUAUUUCUAUUACAGUAUUCCCUAAACUGGCAUCUAUCCACAGCUGAUCCAUCAGGCUACAGUGGCGGAAAGGGACUACAGGGCUUCUCCAUUGGAGAGCAAUUUUGGGAUCCUCCGUUUGAGCUGUUUGCAGUGCACCUGGUCAUCAGUAUUAUUCAGUGACUAAGAAGCUGCUCCUGUGCUUCCCAUUUCCAUCCCAUCCUGUUUCCUUUUCUAUUGUGGGUCUUCGAUCGUACGCAGAUCUUACGAUCGAUCUUACGCUACUGAUAUUUGUAAGCUGUUGCUUUCAAAUGAUUCCGAGUUGCACAUCAAAUAAAUGCUUCGUUUAUCUUUGUAAAUGGCUUGCAGAGAAGAAGAAAAUGCAUAUUGCAAUUAAAAAGAGAGAGAGAGAUGUCUUGGGUGUUGCCUGGAGACUUGAAAGGUGGGACAGGAAUUGUGUUUAUAAAUAUAUACACAGGUGAAACUCAUAAAAUUAGAAUAUCGUUGAAAAGUGCAUUUAUUUCAGUAAUGCAACUUUUUAUUCUUUAUUUUUCUUUUAAUUUCUAUAAAUGCUUUCUUUUGGAAAUCCCACAGUAAUAAAACAAAUAGUUACAGUAAUACAAAAAUAAACAUCGCUAUUACAUUUCAUUAAUUACAUUUCAUUUAUAAUUGACCCGCCUAACAACAAAUAAUUACAAUUGCAACAAAUAAAGGCUUGACAUAUCUUGCUUUGCAUGUCAUGCAUCUAUCUCAUAUAUUGGUUUCACCUUUUAAGUUACCUUACUGAAAUAAAUGCACUUUUCGACGAUAUUCUAAUUUUCCAAGUUUCACCUGUAUAUAUUGAAACCGAAUUUCUGUCUCCCAACCCUGAACAUCAGCAGUGAUUGGCCCAAGGUCACCCAGGGAGCUUCAUUCAUGGCUGAGUUUGGGGGAUCUGAACCCGGGUCUCCCAGGUCCUAGUCCAGCCCUUGAUAACCACCACACCACACUGGAUCUGCAAGGUCGUUGUUAAAAUGUGUAUAUCCCCCUUCAUACAUAGAUCUCAGGGCAGUUCACAACACUGGAGGUUUAUAAGCAGAGUUUGGCUGGCCAUCUGUCAUGGAUGCUGUAGUUGAGAUUCCUGCAUUGCAGGGGGUUGGACUGGAUGACCCUUGGGGAUCCUUCCAACUAUGAUUCCAUGAGAAAAUUACAAUAUAAAAAGCACAAACACAUAAUGAAAAUAAUGAUUAUGGUGACUGGAGUAUAAUAUUAUUAUAUGUACCCAGAUCAUAGCUGCCAAGUUUUCCCUUUUCUCACGAGGAAGCCUAUUCAGCAUAAGGGAAAAUCCCUGUAAAAAAGGGAUAACUUGGCAGCUAUGACCCAGAUGAGCGGGAAAUAAUAAUAAUAAUAAUAACAGUAGUAGUAGUAGUAAUAAUAAUAAUAGUAGUAAUAAUAAUAAUACAGUAAAGGCUGGGUAUAAUAUUAUUAGUAUAUCCCAGAUGGGAAUAAUAAUAAAUAUAUAAAUAAAUAAUCAUCAUAUUUAAGACCAGCGUUUGGGCCAAAGGAUAAGGCCCCCUCGCGUGUGGUUUCUUUGCUCCUACUACUGGGAGGGAGGCAGGCAAAUACUGUAGCAGCAUCGCGUGGCCGUCUAAGGGUUAAGGGAGAUAAGCGGAGCCGGAUUCCUAAAGCGGAAGGCAGCUUCUUCCGGGUAGGGAGAGGAAAGGGCGGCUCUCCCGGGGGGGGGGUGCAAGGGCGCCUCCUGGCGGUGCUCCUUCCUGCUUUCCUACUUCUCCUCCCGGAGGGGGAAAAUGGCUUUUGUCUUCCCCGAGGGCUGCCUGGGCGCUUCCCUGCCGGGCUUGGCUCUGGACGUGGUGGAACCCCCAAUUCUGUCUGCCUUUGCCUGGAGACAGGUGUUGGCAAAAGAAGGCAGAUUUCACCACUCAGCCUUCGUGGAAGCUUUCUUAGAGCACAGAUCAACGAUGGGAGAAGAAGACUCAACUCCUCACAGAGCAGGAAGAGGCCCCCAUAUCAGCAGGGAAUUCUGGGAAAGAACACUGCCGAAAAACCUGGAUGAGGAGGACACCCUCAGCUCUGACGAACAACGCCGGCGCUUCAGGCAGUUCCGCUACCAGGAGGCCAAGGGACCCCGAGAGGUUUGCAGCCGACUCCAUGAUUUCUGCUGUCGUUGGCUAAAGCCAGGGCAGUACACCAAGACUCAGAUCCUGGACUUGGUGAUCUUGGAGCAGUUCCUGGCUGUCCUCCCCCCGGAGAUGGAGAACUGGGUCAGGGAAUGUGGAGUGGAGACCAGUUCCCAGGCGGUGGCCCUGGCCGAAGGUUUCCUUCUGAGUCAGGAGGAGGAGGAGAAGCAGUUAGAGCACCAGGUCAAAGUUCUUCUUGGACAAGCAGCCCCUGAUUUCUUUGAGGCGGAGAGGAUUCUGUCGGGCACUGGACAGAAGUCACUGGGCGAUGGAGCGAUACCGGAAAUACUUAGUCGGUCAACUCUUCUGUGUGCUGGAGGAGAAGCAGCAGACACAGGAACUGAACCGGGUCCAGUGUCAUUUGAGGAGGUUGCUGUGUAUUUCACGGAGGAGGAGUUGCCUCUGCUGGAUGCGGACCAGAAAGCUCUGCACAGGGAAGUUAUGGAGGAGAAUUAUGGGAUGGUGGCCUCUUUUGCAGGCGGCGAAUGGGAAACGCAACAUAAUCGUGACCGACUCCCAAAGGUGUCAUUGGAAAGAGACAGGUGCAAAAAGAGCAAAACGCAUACCGGACAGCUGCCGCAUAAAUGCUUGGAGUGCGGAAAGAGCUUCAGACUGAGUGCAAGUCUCACAAACCAUCAGAGAAGCCACAAUGGGGAGAAACCAUAUAAAUGUUUGGAAUGCGGAAAGAGCUUCAGUCUGAACAGAGACCUUGCUUAUCAUCAGAUAAUUCACACGGGGGAGAAGCCGUUCCAAUGCAUGGAGUGCGGAAAGAGCUUUACUCGAAGCACAAACCUCCGCGGUCAUCAGAGAAUCCACACAGGUGAGAAACCCUACCAGUGCUUAGUGUGUGGAAAGAGCUUCAGCCAGAAGAAAUAUCUCACGUCUCAUCAUCGCAUUCACACAGGGGAGAAACCCUAUAAAUGUUUGGACUGUGGAAAGUGCUUCAUUCUGAACAAAGACCUCACUUGCCAUCAAAGAAUCCACACAGGGGAGAAGCCGUAUCAGUGCUUGGAAUGCGGGAAGAACUUUCGCUUGAACAAAGACCUUGCCUGUCAUCAGAGAAUUCACACUGGGGAGAAACCGUACCAAUGCUUGGAAUGUGGAAAGAGCUUCAAUAGGAGCACAAACUUCCGCUGUCAUCAGCGAAUCCACACUGGGGAGAAACCGUAUCAGUGCUUGGAGUGUGGAAAGAGCUUCAGUCGGAAGAUACAUCUCACUUGUCACACACAAAAAUCGCACUCGGGGGAAAUUGUAGAAGUGCUUGGAGAUGAGCUGUUCCAGGAUUCCUUUGAAAUCCUUACCCUGGACAUAUAAAAAGGAAUUCGAGAGAGAUAAAUUUCGCUCUAAAGUCAAACUGGAGUAUAAUACAGUUAAACCUUGGAUCCCGAACGCCUCCGUUUUGGAAUGUUUCAGCUCCCAAAAGAGGAAAACCUGGAAGUAAAUGCUCCAGUCCAGUUUUGGAAUGUUUUUCGGAAGGUGAAUGUCCAAUGCAGCCUCCGCUUGAGUGCAGGAAGCUCCUGCAACCAAUCGGAAGCCGCGCCUUGGUUGUCGGAACAUUUCGGAUGCCGAACGGGCUUCUGGAACGGAUUAUGUUUGACAACCGAGAUUUGACUGUGGCUGUUUUGCAAGCAUGAUUGCAAUUUUUGCUGACAUAUCAAAGAGAAUUAAAUCAAUAGCAAUAGCUGAAUUGGUGGGUAAAUUUUAAAAGAGGAUUUAUUUUUCCCUAGGAAGCUACUUUAUACCAAGUUAGAACACUGAUCCAUCUAGCUCAAUAUUGACUUCAUUGACUGGUAGUGACUGUCCUGGGUUUCAUCUGCGUGAGACCUGUCUUCACUCUCCUCAUUGGAAAUAUACAUAUUUAUACUGGCAAUGGGCCAAGCAUAUCUCUGUAUGUUCAUCUCAAAGAGUUGCAUUCAAGUCCUACUCAGAGUAAACCCUCUGAAAUUAAUGAACCCAAUCAUAUCCACUAACUCCAAUGGGUCUACUCUUGAGCAGGACUAACGUUGCACACCACCCAAAGUGUGUGUUUACAAUGUUUUGUAUUGCUGGUACCUCGCACCACAGAAGUCAUGAUAUUAUCUGUGUUUGUUGAAAAUGAUGCAAACACCAUUCAUACACGGUGGAAAAAUAAAAUCGCCUAUUCCUGUGGGAACGUUAUAGCUCAGAUGAACAUCAAUACUGGCUGUUCCGUAUCUGCAAUAGAGUCGUACCUUGGUUUUCGAACAGCUUAGUUCUUGAACGUUUUGGCUCCCGAACGCUGCAAACCCGGAAGUGUUCCGGUUUGCGAACUAUUUUUGGAAGCCGAACAUCCAAUGGGGCUUCCGAUUGGCUGCAGAGCUUCCUUCAGCCAAUCAGAAGGUGCGUUUUGGAAGUUGAACAGACUUCUGGAACGGAUAUGCGUUCGACUUCCAAGGUACGACUGUAUAUAUUUUACUUGGUUGUCUCACUGGCGGGGACAGACUAUUGCUAGCACGUAACUCUGGUGUUUGAAAGCUUGCGCUGGUUGUCCGCUGGGAAAAGUUACAGGUUCUUGUAUUAAGAACCUGGGUCCAAUAUAUUCUUAGGACUGCCUGAUUCCUUAUAUCCCUGCCCGAUCAAGGAGGUCUUCAAAGCAGUCAUUGUUACGAUCCCUCAUGAUGUUGUGGCUCAUCUCCAUCAGGAGCUAUUGUGGGGAACUCCCAGUUAAGAUCACAUACCCUCCAACAUUUCUCCAAUGAAGAUAGGGAUGUCCUUCAUUUCCCGCCACUCUGGACUGCUUCCAAGAUAUAUAAAAAUAUAAAACCUUUUUUUAAAAAACUUCCCUGUACAGGGCUGCCUUCAGAUGUCUUCUAAAGGUUGUAGAUUUACUUAUCUCCUUGGCCCGGGGGGCGCAUAACUCCAUACCCUCCAACAUUUCUCUGAUGCAAAUAGGGAUUUCCUAAGGAAAAGCAGGACAUUCCAGGAUCAAAUCAGAAACAUGGGCGGCUUCUGUAAAUCUGGGACUGUUCCUGGAAAAUAGGGUCUGAACUUGUCAUGCCUAAUAAAGGUUAUUGAUUUGAUUUGAAAAUAGGGUCUGAGAUCAGAUUUGUUAAGCUUCCUGUGCUCAGUGAUGACCUGAAAAUGCUGGUGUUUAAGCUGUUCCGAUUUUCUGGUUAGUUUUAGUUUUCUUGUAUCAACUACAUUGCACACCACCUAGAGGCUCUGAUGUUAAGCGGUAUGUAAGUGGCUGAAAUAAAUUGACGAUAAGAAGGGACCCUUUGGAAUGAGCGGUAAAUCUUUUAUUUAAACACACAGUGGGAAUAGUUCUAGCUGCCAAAUGGAGGCUCUCCUGCAUUCUUCCACAAAAGGAAUGGAUUUAUGUAGUUUUGGAUGUAGCCUCAGCUGUAAUGUUAACAGGAUCCACUCAUUUAUGAGAAGGUAGGCAAAAGAAAGAAAUAUCUGAGCAAUGUAGAAAGCCAUUAUUGUAUCAUACUGCAAUGUAAUAUGGAUAUCAAAGUGAUCUGACCGCACAUUGGAUUAAUGAGUUACCUUGCAUUUUUAACUUCUAUGUAAAAGAAGAACAAGAUAGUAUGAAUGCAAAUUAAGUUGGUAACUCCCAUUGAUGAAACACAUUUUAUCAGUGAAGAAUAUUAUCUGUUACGUGUAUAUAUUGUGCAUUUUGUGACGUGUGUUUUGUAUAUUUUAUAAUAAAACUUUUUCCUCCCCUAAGAGCUUGCAAUAUGGAACAAAACUGCCACCGUUUCACUCCUGUUUUCACACUGGAGAAUCCAUUUGCGGCUUCCUGGUUCAGCGCCAACGCCGAUCGGCGGGGUUUCGUCUCGUCUCCGAGACGGCCCGUCUCUGCUAGGAGUGGGGAGGGCAGCGAGAGCGACGCUGCGCCCCUUAGAACCUCGGGAAGGGCGUCCCGGGGGCAAUUUGCUCGGCAUAGACCCAAUCCGGACUCCCCAACUCUUCGGUUAGCUCUAAUAAGAGCUCCGGAGUGAGGAGGGUAGAAGUCGCGGGGGCCAUUUUGAGCGGCAACGUUAUUCUAGCAGGGAGAAGCUUCAAGCCGAAGGCGGAGAGCGCUGGAUUCUUCCGAAAAUAAAACGAUUGGAAAAGACUGUAAGUAACCUCACGAUUUGGAUUAUAAAACAAUUUGGAUCUGGGAGAGAGGGGAGAAAAGAGGAAGCCACCCCCCCCCACGGCAACAAAGAGACAGUAAAUAGAAACCCGAAGCCAUAAACAGAAGAUUUGUAAUUCAAAAGGAUCCCUCAAAGGCAUCAAAGAGAAUCUCCCCUUUGAUGCAGGGUGAAAAGGGGAGAGAGACUGUGAUUUAUGACUGCCCUGCAACAAGAGGUAAAGGCUAAGAUAAACCUUUCUUUCCCUUGGGAGCCGGCAGCCCAGACAACCCAGUGAGUUGAUCAGGAUUUAUAAGUCAAUUUUUAUUUCACUUGGUAUUCCUGGACUUUGUGGAAUUUCUUUUUUGGUUUAAGUGCUUGUGAAAUGUGAGUUCGAACUUUAUUGUUAACAAGACUUGAAGAAUGCAGUCAGCUUGUUAAAAUGGAGUCGAGAAAAUAAACUGUGAUCAUAUUCCACCCCACGUGACAAGUUUUGACCUUGGCAGGAUUGAAUUAUGUCAACAAAGAAGUGUUCCCCUGAGUUCCAGCGGUCUGUUUUGACCUUAAUGUGGGAAACAAGAAUAGAGCUAUGUCAAGAGGAGACAAGACGGCAAGAGUUACAGGAAAAAUUUCAGAUGGUGAUGGCGGAAUAUGAUUUUUUAGGAGAUGCUUUUGACACUGAAAAAGAUGAAUGUGAGAAUGACAAUGAUGAUAACUAUGAUUUGGAAGGAAAAGAUGAAGAUGAGGACUGUGAUGAUUCAACACAAAAUGAAGCACACCAUGGAAAAAAUGAUGACUCUACUCUACAAAAAGUUGGAUGGAGUGCCCUGCUUUUGAGGGGGGCACGAUUGGUAUUUUUGGAACUCCAGAACGCCCACAGGGAAGAAGGAAAAAAUAUGCAGAGAAGAGAAGAAAUCCAGGGGUCCUGUAUGGUGGCCUGGAUGGUAAAAGACUGUAAACAGGGGGUGGGGUGAAGGGAAAGGGAUGUUGUGAUUAUAAGGAUGGAUUAACAGGUUUAUAACUGGUCUGCUGAUUUUGGAAUUUGCUGGAUUGGGGGGGUGGAGCCGGUAUCGGGGAUGUAAGGUUAAAUUGAGAAUAGUUAUGGUUUUAAAAGUGAAUGGAUUUUGGAAAAUGUGUAAAUAUGGAGGCUUAUAGAGGGAGAAAAAAAUUAGGCACGGGAAGAGAAAAUGGGAGUUUGAUUUUUCAGUGAUUUGAGUAUUAGAUGAAAAUGUUAACAAUUGAUUUAUAAGUUGUAUAAGAUACAAAGGUGUAUUUUUAUAAAGUAAGAAACUGUUGCAGAUGAUAAAAAAGGGAGGAAAACCGGGGAAGGGAGGGGAAGCCCACAAAAUAUGGUUUUACAACUAUGAAUGUAAGAAAAAUUUUUCUGUUUUGUAUUGUUUUUUUCUUUUUUCUGCCCUUUCUUUUUUCCCUUUUUUCUAUUUCUAUUUUUUUUCUUUUUUUGGUAUGACAAUAGAUGGUUGGAUGGAUGUCCUCCUGCGUACUGCCCUGGUUUGCUGGAGCUCCCUGGUGGCAGGGGGGGCUUUGGG